AUGUACCCUAUUAUCAAUCUCCGUUGUCACAAGAUGGAUCUUCAUUGGUACCUUAGGACGCUAGAGGAGGUGGUCAUUCGUGUUCAUUCCUCAACAUUUUCGUUCAAGGCUUCCCGGUUAGAGGGUUUAACUGGUGUUUGGGUUGGAGAUGAGAAACUUGCAGCUGUUGGGAUACGAGUAUCACAGUGGAUAGCAUAUCACAGCUUAGCACUGAAUGUCACAACAGAUCUAACACCCUUUCAAUGGAUAGUCCCAUGUGGGAUACAGGAUCGUCGAGUUGGAAGCAUAAAAGGAAAAGAGUUCAAAAUUUUAUACCCUAGAUUGCUAAGAAUGUCUAAACCUGUGGGUCUUGGUACAUCCUCAUCUUUCUCAAAUCUGAGUAAUCCCUCAAUGUCAUCAACAACGAUGAAACUGAUGUGUCUGAACAAGGUGGGUUUCAAUGGAGAGAGAAAUGGGGACGGAGAGAAGAAACUGAUGGUGGCGGUAAAGGCAUCGGCGGCUGUUUCCAAGAGGGUGUUGGUGGUUACCAAACGAAAGCCAUGGAAGUUACUUGUUCAGAUGUUCAUUGAAAAGGUUAUAAUUGACUGCCGAUUCUUUACAAUGUUGGCAGUUGCAGGAUCCUUGCUUGGUUCAGUUUUGGGCUUUGUAGAGGGUUCUUUUAUGUUUGUAGAUUCAUAUUUGCAGUAUUUCCAUGCACUUUCAGAAAGAUCAGAUCAAUCACAUGUGAUACAGCUACUAAUUGAAUCCAUAGGUGAAUUUGUUGUGCAAUGUGUUUCUGGUAGGAACUGCAAUGCUUGUUUUUGGGAUGGCAUUGCAUGUCAUGUUUGUGGGAUCGAAAGGAAAAGGGUCUCAGCUUCCAGGUCAAACUUGUUCGGGCUUUUCUAUCUCAAGACACUGCCAUCAUGGGUAGGAACCCAGUCAGUUAAGCAAGCCAAGUCAAACAUUGGGCAAGCUAUGAUGAUGAUACUUCAAGUAGGGAUGUUGGAGAAAUUCAAGAGUAUACCUUUGGUUACUGGGUUGGAUCUUGCUUGUUUUGCUGGAGCUGCCUUUAUUUCCUCAGCUUGUAUCUUUCUUCUCUCCAGACUUUCUACUGGUGAUACUACCAGCAGACAGGUAGCUAAGGGAUAUCAAAGUUCUCUGCUGCAUAUGUUACUAACACACAAGAGAAGCAAAACCUUGUCAGAUCAAUAUUUUUUAAUAGCUUGGAUGUGGACUACACUGCCCAAAAGGCCAAAGCAAAGAGAUCACACUUGUAACAACAGAGCAAUAACAAACAAGGCAUAG